AUUUCUAUCGAAACCAAUCAGCUUGCUGGCUUGUAGAUUUUUCUAAUUUGCGCUCUCCGAUCGACGGCCUAACGCUUUAUACAGAUACUACGCCAAGUGUAUUGUAUAGUCUAAAUCCUUAUAGGGGAGAAGGUAAAAUUUACACACACAUUUGGCCUGGGUACAACAGGCAGGAUUUGUGGGUCGCCCAGAAGCCACACACCCCGUCUGAACCCAAGCCCACAAGGCCCGCGGACUGAUAAAAGCCCGCCUCACUAUCAAUGAAGCCGUUCCCGCCGCGGCGCCAAAAGAGGCGCCCGAAAUUUCCCCGAAACGCGCCAUCGUCGUCGUUAAUAAGACGCUUGGUUGGAUUCGUCCGAUCCAUGCCCCCGCGCUCCAAGCUCCUCGGCAGCCUCCUCCUCGUCCUCAGAAGAGGAAGAGGCAGUAGAGCCGCCUCCACCGCCGCCGCCCCUGGUUUUCCUCCUCAGGCGGCGCCUUUCGUCUCCUCACCGUCGUCGUCGUCCUCCUCCUCCUCCUCCGCCUCCGUCUCCAUGGACUUGACCGACGGCGCGGCCGCCGCCCCCGCGGCGCCCCUCCGCACCCGGCUCUGCAUCAUCGGCAGCGGGCCGGCGGGCCACACGGCCGCGAUCUACGCGGGGCGGGCGGAGCUGAAGCCCGUGCUCUUCGAGGGGUGGAUGGCGAACGACGUCGCCCCGGGGGGCCAGCUCACCACCACCACCGACGUCGAGAACUUCCCCGGCUUCCCCGAGGGCAUCCUGGGGAUCGAGCUCAUGGACCGCUGCCGCGCCCAGUCCCUCCGCUUCGGCACCCGCAUCCUCACCGAGACCGUCACCUCCGUCGACUUCGCCUCCCGCCCCUUCCGCGUCCUCUCCGGCUCCACCGCCGUCGAGGCCGACGCCGUCGUCGUCGCCACCGGCGCCGUCGCCCGCCGCCUCCGCUUUCCCGGCUCCGACCGCUACUGGAACCGCGGUAUCUCCGCCUGCGCCGUGUGCGACGGCGCCGCCCCAAUCUUCCGCAACCGCCCCAUCGCCGUCGUCGGAGGCGGGGACUCCGCCAUGGAGGAGGCCAACUUCCUCACCAAGUACGGCUCUAGGGUCUACAUCGUGCACCGCCGCGACGCUUUCCGCGCCUCCAAGAUCAUGCAGGCCCGGGCGCUCGGAAACCCUAAGAUCGAGGUCCUGUGGAACUCGGAGGUGGCGGAGGCCUACGGGGAGGGGGAGAGCGGGCCCCUCGCGGGGGUUAAGAUCAGGAACGUCGUGACGGGCGAGAUAUCCGAUCUCAAGGUCUCGGGGCUCUUCUUCGCGAUCGGGCACGAGCCGGCCACCAAGUUCCUCGGAGGACAGCUGGAGCUCGACGCCGAAGGGUACGUGGUGACGAAGCCAGGGUCCACCCAUACCAGCGUCAGAGGCGUGUUUGCCGCCGGCGACGUCCAGGACAAAAAGUAUCGCCAGGCCGUCACCGCCGCCGGAUCCGGGUGCAUGGCUGCUCUGGAUGCUGAGCACUACCUGCAGGAGAUCAGAGCUCAGGUUGAGAAGACUGAUUGACUAUCCUUACUAGAUGAACUCUUGUCUCUUUGAAGAUCCCAUCAAUGGCAUUAAAGUCAAAUCUUUGAAGUGAGGACCAUUGCUGCAACAAGAUGAUGAACUUGGUGUUUUUGCCUUCUCUAUGUUAUAGAUGCAGUUUAAUUUAUUAUUGUUCUGUCCAGGUUUAUCAAGCGUAACGAUAACUUGGAAGUGUGAAACAACUAUUCUUUUAUCAUGAAAAUGUAACGCCUGUGGUGCUAAUAUUUGCUACUGCUAGAUCUACUCUCUGCAGCACGGGUAAUACUGGUAUUUGCAAGUUAAAUUGGUCCAUUCAACUAUUAUUACAAGCAUUUGAGAUAAAUGAGUAUUAAGUGCUUUGAUGUCUUUUACAACCA